AUGCAUCCAAGUCGCAGCAUUGCAUCCUCCGUCCGACAAUUUACUACUGCUGCACACCCUUCAAGUAGGUUGUGUGGUCCGGCGGUGCGACUGUUGAUGUUGCAAUAUGGAAUCAAUGAGAAAGAUGUGAAAGCCACGGGUCCAAAAAACAACAUUCUGAAAAGCGACAUUUUUGCAAUGAUUAAAGCUGGCGGUCUAAAGCCACUAGACGUAACUGUCGUUCUCCCUCCGAAACCAACCAGUCCACUAAAAGAACAAGUUCAAAAGACCGCUGCCGCUCCGAUUGGAUCAGUUCGUCACGUAGAGCCAUUCGUUGACAUUCCACUCUCCAAUGUACGUGCGACAAUCGCUAAGAGGUUGAGUCAGUCUAAGCAAUCCAUUCCACAUGAAUAUCAAUCCGCCGUUGUUCAUGCAGAUGCUGUCCUUGCCAUUCAGAGCGAAUUACGCUCCAAAAAGGUGGCUGUGUCGCUCAAUGACUUCAUUAUCAAAGCAGCCGCUUUAGCGCUUCGGGCUGUUCCCGAAGUGAACGUGCAAUACUCAGCUGAAGCUCAACAAAUAAAUCAUCUUCCCAGAGUGGACAUUUCCGUUGCUGUCGCCACGCCGAGCGGUCUUAUUACUCCAAUAGUGGCUUCCGCUGAUAUUCUAGGAGUUCAAGAUAUAUCGGCGAGAGUUCGGGAACUAGCUUCGCGUGCACGUGAGAACAAACUUCAACCUAGCGAGUUCCAAGGCGGAACGUUUACUGUUUCGAAUUUGGGUAUGUUCGGUAGUGUAGAACAGUUUACUGCUAUUAUAAAUCCGCCGCAAGCUGCUAUCCUUGCUGUUGGUGGGACGCGCACGGAGUUGGACCAAAACUUCAAACCGCAAAAUAAAUUCACUGUCACUCUGUGCUUUGAUGCAAGGGCUAUCACGGAGACAUCAGCUCGACGUUUUCUAGAUCAUUUUGCUGCGUCGCUAUCUGAUCCUGAUUUCAUGGUUGCUCAGCCAAUCGACCCUAUGCUUAACUUCGACUUUGCGAGAUUACUUUAG